ACUUAAUUAUUAAUUGAAGUGAAAAUGUAAAUGCAGUAUUUGCCAAUGAAAUGAAAUUCAUUAAAAAUGUAUUUCAACGCAAUAACUCGCCGUGAAAAUUUCGUCGUACAGGCAAAAAAGAGCCGAUUUUUAGUGAAAGAAGAAGAAGCAGUAGUAGCAGCAGCAGCAGUGAAGGCAGUAAAAGCAAUCGUCGACAACGACGACGAAUACAUGGACAAAGCGCAGUGCGAAUGAAAAUUGUGUAAAGAGAAACUUGCAAAAUUUACAGCAACAACAAUAAGCAAGGCGAAAAGUGUGUUUAGAAAAGAAAUUAAAAACACACACAUAUACACACAAACACAAAUACUAAUACAAUUGCAAGUACAAUCGCAAUUUUGAGAAUUGGUGCAAAACGUCGACAGGCGCGCGGUUUAAUAAUAAACAGUUAUAUGUAUGUAUGUUGUGCAAAACCAUAUGAGAGGACGAAGAAUACGAAAAAUCAAUGAAAUUGUAAUAAAAUUCCGUAUUUUGUUCUCUUCAUCCUCCAUUUCUGUCUCUACCAUGCGCUUGCUUGCUCUUUCUUGUUUUUAUGAUUAAAUUUGCAAAUAGCAGCGAGCACUACAACAGAAACAUUUUGACAACCAACAAAAAACAAAAAGCAGCUCAUCUAUAUAAUACAAUAUACACAUAGUUUGAUUAUACAAGUGGUUGUGCAAGAAGAAGAAGCAACAAUCAGGCAAAAUACCUGAAAAAAUAAAGAAAACAUAAACGGUAAAACGAAGAAGUGGCGACAGCAAGCAGAGGCAGCAAUUCAAGGUAGCGCGCUAAAAGUUUAUUGUAAAACCCAAAGUAGAAGGCACAAAGUGAUUUUUAAAUUUCUGCUGCUUUCGAACAAACGUUAAAAACAAUAAAAUAUAAAGAAAAAUAAAAAAAUGGUGGAAGCAAUAGAGCGGCAGAGAACGGCUGCGUGAGCAGCGCGAGAUCUGAGCGCCAAUUAUAAAAUAACAACAACAACAACAACACACUAUAGGAACAGAAACAGCAACAACACGGCAUAAGCAAAAUAAGAAGAGCAUAGAAUAGCAGCGAAAGCAACCGAAACGAGCGCGCAACAGCCGUUGAAAGCAGCAGAGGAGCCUCUCACAAAAAAGUAACGCUAAGUAAAACAAAAUUUAAAUAAAGUGGAAGUGGAAGUGGAAGUUGGAGCACAAUAGCGAACGACAACAACAUUGAUAGGAGUAGAACAAACUCGAAAGAGAGUUAUUUUACAUCACAACAAAAACAACAACAGCAACAAAAGUUCAAGAACAACAACAACAAAACAGAAUAACAGAAUGUACGGUAAAUCGAAGACAUCCGCCGUGCCGUCUGAUGCGCAGGCCAGAGAGAAAUUGGCCCUCUAUGUGUACGAAUAUCUGCUGCACGUGGGCGCCCAAAAAGCGGCACAGACAUUUCUCUCGGAGAUCCGAUGGGAGAAGAACAUAACACUGGGUGAACCACCGGGAUUUCUGCACACCUGGUGGUGUGUUUUCUGGGAUCUGUACUGUGCGGCGCCGGAGCGCCGCGAUCAAUGCGAUCACAGCUCGGAGGCGAAAGCCUUCCAUGACUAUGGCUUUGUUAGCUCCGGCUAUGGUGUGAAUGGCAUCGGUCCUGGUGGACCUCACAAUGCCGGUGGCCCAGCACCCAGUCCACUCGGCCAGAUGCCGCCGGGCGGUGAUGGCGGACCAAUGGGACCCGGCGGACCGAUGGGUCCCAACUUUUUCCCUAAUACGACAAUGCGGCCGUCGCCGCCAACGCAUGCCUCAAGUCCACAGCCGCCGCCUUCGCAGAUGAUGCCAGGUCAGCCUCCGUUUAUGGGCGGACCGCGGUAUCCAGGCGGACCACGACCGGGCGUGCGUAUGCAGGGCAUGGGCAAUGAAUUCAACGGCCCACCCGGACAGCCCAUGAUGCCCAAUAGCAUGGAUCCCACGCGGCCGGGACCGGGAGGCGGCAUGGGUCCAAUGAAUCCGCGCAUGAAUCCGCCUCGUGGCCCCGGCAUGGGACCCAUGGGAUACGGUGGACCGGGCGGUAUGCGAGGCCCGGCGCCAGGCGGACCCGGCGGCAUGCCACCAAUGGGAAUGGGCGGCGGCGGCGGACGACCGCCUCAAUGGCAGCCCAAUGCGUCAGCACCCAUGAAUGCAUACUCUUCAUCGUCGCCGGGCAAUUACGGACCCGGACCCGGCUCGAACGGCCCGCCUGGUCCCGGCACGCCCAUCAUGCCCUCGCCGCAAGAUAACACGCAAGGCGGCCCUGUCGGCGGACCUGGCGAUAGCAUGUACUCAUUAAUGAAACCAGAAUUCCCUAUGGGCGGAGGCCCUGAUGGUGGCGGCGGCGGCGGCGGACCAGGUGGCAUGGGACCCAUGGGUGGCGGUCCCAACUCCAUGGGCCCCGUACUUAAUGGCGGCGGCGGCGGACCUGAUGGCACCGGCUUGGAUGGCAUGAAGAACUCUCCAGCCAACGGCGGUCCGGGUACGCCGCGCGAAGACUCCGGAAGCGGCAUGGGCGAUUAUAACUUGGGCGGCUUUGGUGGACCGGGCGAAAACGAUCAAACCGAAUCGGCGGCCAUUCUAAAGAUCAAAGAGAGCAUGCACGAGGAGGCCAAGCGAUUCGAGAAAGACACAGAUCAUCCGGACUACUUUAUGCCAUAACAACAUCAUCACCAGCACCAUCACCAACAGCAGCAGCAUCAGCAACAUCUCAAUAAUGUGGCAGCUGCAGUGGCAGCUGUCGUUGCUGCAGCCGCAUCAAACAGCAACGGAGGAACUGGAGGAGGCGCAGCAAGCAGCUCAACGGCUGCGUCCAUAGCGGCUGCGGCGCUUGGUGCAGCUGCCUCCAAUUUGCUAAGCGGCGCCAGCAGCAGCAGCAACAACACCCACAGCAACAACAACAACAACCAAUCUGGCAACCCGACUGUGCCCAGUGGCGCUCAUUUUGCAAAAGAACUCAAUUUCUAAACACACGGUAGUGAAAAUCCUUGGUACAUAAGCAUAAAGUAAAGUAAAUUAAAAUAAUUAUUAUAUGUAAUAGUUUAGAAAAAGAAAAAUCGAACGAAAAAAAUUCAGAAAAAAAAAGGCAAAUAUGUAAAAUUGUAAACCGAACGGCUAAUAAUAAGCGAAUCAAAACAAAAAGAACAAUUUAAAAAUACCAUAUUCCAACUCACAUUCAAAUUUAAAUGCUAGUUGAACCGGUUCGAAACGGUAAACAAAUGCGUCCAGCUGGCAACGUUGAUAACAGCUGGGCCUGGUGAGAGCCAGAGGUAGGCAAGAAAUUAAAGUACGGAAAUCCACAAAAACAACAGCAGCAAAAAGCAAAUAUACUUAAAUUGUAAUGUUAAAUCCAAGAACUACAAUGUAUUUAGCAAGUCUUCUGAUUAGUUUAGUUGCAACAAGUCAAAACUGUAGCCCCUCAUAUACAAUCACACUCAAACUCACACACACGAUCUGUCUACUAAUUUUUAGCGAUUUAACAAUUUUACUUGCGCUUUGCAAUAUUAACAAAAGUAAAUAAAAAAAAAAAAUUAAAAAAAUUAAAAAAAUUACAAAAAAAUGCAAAUAAAAAAGAAAUUAUGAAAUAUUAACAGCUACACCAUCAAUGUACAUUUUCUGUUUGUGUGAUUUUUUAAAUAUACUUAUAUAUACAUAUAUAUAUAUAUAUAUAUAUGUAUAUGUAUAUACAUACAUACAUAAACUAAGUAUAUAAAUAUUUAAUAAUAUUGUAUUGUAGAAAUUGAGAUGGCAAACAAGAUUUUUGUUAAACGCGUCUUAAAGCCGCAUCAUAAAGAAAAAAAAAAAACGAAAAAUAGAAAAUGCUUCAAAUUUGAAGUAGCAAAAAAAAAAAAUAUAUACAUAUAUAAAUAUUUAUAAUAUAUUAAGGAGCAUAGUUAGCAUUAUUAGAUAUGAUAUGCAGAGCCUUCAACACACAUAAACACAAAUUUGUAUGUAUGUGUCUAUGUGUGUGUGCUUUUCUCACAAUGCACGAUUUUAUUUGUUCUGUGUUUUGUUCUCUGUAUUUUGUAAAUUGUAAAGUUCAUACUUUGUCGUCGUCGUCGUCGUCAAUUUUAAUUUCCAUUUCCUUUUGGUUUCUAAUUUGCUUUAAGAGUUUCUCCAUAAGCCCCUUUAACCAUGCCAAACUUCAGUCUGUAAAUUAAAUUAUGUCAUUUUAUUGUAUAUUAUUAAGUUCCUUUAACUGCCAAUUCUGGCGAAUCGAGCAAUAUUUCUAAUAUUUUCGGUUACUUUUUCGAUUGGUUUCGAUUUCUAAAAAAGGCAAAAGAAAAACAAAAAAUUCAACGAUGUCGACAUUGUGGCAUUAAGGCAGCGAAAAAGAAAUAUAUAUAUAUAUAUAUAUAUAUACAUAAUAUAUAUAAUAAUUAAUUGAUUAAAAUUACUUAAAGGCAACAGGCAACAUAAAUGUAGCGAACCUAACGUUUAAAUAAAAAGUUUACUUGCAAAAUAUCAUAUACAAGAAUUAAAGCUGUACAAAAGUUAGUUAAUGUUGGCUGCAUAAAGUAUUUAUAUAUUUAUAUAUAUAUAAAUAUGUCAUGCACAUUUAUAAGCAGAAGCAUAUGGAAAACCCAAGAAAAGUGUAGAAUUUAGAGUUAAACCCUAGUUCAUAAGCGUAAAAUAUUAAAUAAACUAAACUAAAAAGAAAGUAACAAAAACGAA